CUCUAUGACUUGAGCCCAGCCUUAAGUUUCUGUUGUCGUUUUCAUGUUUGUAACCUAUAAUUACACGCGAGUUUAUUGUCUGUAAAAAAUUAACCGGCGUGGGUAAACAAACCUUGGAAUAAAAAAAAUAAAUUGCGAAAAUGAUGGACAAUUUUCAUAAAAUAGAAAAAAUAGGUGAAGGAACUUAUGGGGUUGUUUAUAAAGCACGCGAUAGAGUAACAGGAAAAUUAGUAGCACUCAAAAGAAUACGAUUCGCCACGGAAACUGAAGGCGUUCCAUCCACAGCAAUCAGAGAGAUUUCAUUACUCAAAGAUCUCACUCAUCCAAACAUUGUACAAUUGUUUGACGUUGUUAUUGGAGAUCAAGAUCUCUAUUUGGUUUUUGAAUAUCUCCAGCAAGACCUCAAAAAAUACUUAGACUCUGUUAAAAAUGUUGCCAUCAAUCAGGAUCACUGGAGUUCAUUGGUCAAGAGCUACCUUCAUCAGUUAUUAAAGGCUAUCACAUUUUGUCACAACCACUUAAUUCUCCAUAGAGAUUUAAAGCCACAAAAUCUUCUUAUUGAUCAAGAGGGUUACAUAAAGUUAGCUGACUUUGGUCUUGCACGAUCUUUUGGACUUCCAAUGAGAAUGUACACUCAUGAAGUUAUUACUUUGUGGUAUAGAGCACCUGAAAUACUAUUAGGAACAAAAUUAUAUUCACAUGCUGUUGACAUCUGGAGUUUAGGAUGUAUUUUCGCUGAGAUGGCAACAAGAAGAGCUCUAUUUCCUGGUGAUUCAGAGAUAGAUCAACUUUUUCGAAUUUUUAGAACACUUGGAACACCUGAUGAAACCAUUUGGCCUGGAGUUUCUCAACUUCAGGAUUACAAAUCAAUGUUCCCGCAGUGGGAUGCCAGAAGUUUAAAUGAAGUUGUGCCAAAUGUUACUGACGAUGCGAGAGACUUAUUAUCAAAACUUUUAACUUAUGAUCCAAGCCAACGAAUCACAGCACUGAAUGCUUUGAAUCAUUCUUAUUUUAAAGAUGUUAAACUAACUCGUCCGAUCAUUCCAAAAAAAGACUGAUAAACUCUACAUCAGAUCACCUGAAACAAAUUUCAAUGUAAGAGAAAUUUCAUCAAGCUGCUAACCGAUAUUUACAACGAUUUUUUUUUUAUAUAUUGAUUUUUUUUUACAUGCUAAAACUUAGAAUUAUGCAUUAUCACAUGUAAGAUAUAAACUAAAAUAUAUUUUAACAUAAACCAAAUUUU